UCCUUGAUAUCGCGCCGUUCAUCAUCUCUUUCGCGGUCCGCUCACUUACUCUCUUCAGAUUUGAUCUCAGUUCUUGAGAUUUUGCUUUCGACAAACAAUUGCGAACAGAAAGGCCUCGAAAGAGUCGGCAGAGUAUGAAGACAUUAGGGAAUGGUGACGGGUUAGAGCGUUCCUUUCUCAUGUAGUAUCAGCAUUCAGCAAUAAGAAUUUAGUCGGCAAAAACUUUAGUAUUGCGCAAAUGAGUUAUUCAAUGGCGUCUUCAUUGGUGCCCUUGUCUGGGAUGACCUUACGAGCUCAAAGAUCUUCCAAGUGCUGCAUCUCGACUAAUCAUAUCCGGCAUCCUCGGCAAAGUCAUCUUCCCCAUCUAUACAAGAGACGAACCAGUGUGGUGAUUAGCCUUAGAAACUAUUUGUUCUUCAGUCCUUUAGCUAGUCAUCACAAGAUCAAACUUUGUCUUUCGGGUGAUUCGGAUACAAUUGGUCACACUGAUCAGGGAUCCCAUGACAUGCAAAGUACUGAAAACUUUAAGCAAUGGGAUUUAUUGACUGCAAAGUUUGCAGGAGCUGCCAAUGUACCGUUUCUAGUGUUGCAACUGCCUCAAAUCAUACUGAAUACUCGUAAUAUUAUUGCGAAGAAUAAUUCUGCUUUGUUUGCUGUUCCCUGGCUGGGAAUGCUUACUGGAUUACUAGGGAAUUUGUCUUUGCUAUCAUACUUCAUAAAGAAGAGGGAAAAGGAGGCGGCAGUGGUGCAGGCAUUAGGAGUUGUAUCAUCUUAUGUAGUACUCUCACAGCUUGCAGUGGCUGGAGCUAUGCCUCUUCCUCAGUUUGCAGUCACAUCUUUUGCUGUUGCGUGUGGUCUUGCUAUAAAUUCUAUAAAUUACUUUGACUUUCUAAAUCCUAGAAUAUGGCACUGUUGGGAAGAUUUUAUAACUAUUGCAGGUCUCUCCGCACUUCCACAAGUCAUGUGGUCAACUUUCCUCCCAUUUGUUCCGAACACAAUCUUGCCGGGUGUAAUAUCUUUCUUGGUUGCAGUCACAUUUGUACUCAUGGCUCGCCUGAGUAAACUGUCAGAGAAAGGUGUGGAGUUUGUCGCAUUACUUUCUGCAUGGACCGCAACUCUUCUAUUCAUGUGGAUGCCUGUUGCACAGAUGUGGACGAAUAUCCUUAAACCUGAUAAUAUUAAAGGUUUAUCGGCUGCCUCAAUGUUGCUGGCCAUGGUUGGUAAUGGGCUGAUGAUUCCUCGAGCACUCUUCACUCGGGAUUUCAUGUGGUUUACAGGUUCAAGUUGGGCGUGUAUAUUUUAUGGAUGGGGAAAUCUUGUUUGUUUGUACAGUUUUAAAGUCAUUAGCAGAGAUUUUUUCUUGUUUGCUACAGUGGGGUUCAUAGCUUGGAUAAUUAUGGCCUUCUGGAAAGAUAUGCAAGUUUAUGGAUACAGCUCUCCCUUGACAUCUGUCAAGAAAUUGGUUUCAGGCUCUAAGUAACUGCUGGUGCCUACCGUCUUUUCUUGCGGUGUCCUUGCUGGCCAAGCUAAGCGGCCGGAAAAUAUGCAUGCCGGGAAUGGCAAAAUGAUAAUGGAGUUUUGAGUAUAUUUCGUUUGGGUAGCUUAUUCUCACGGGACCCUGCUCAACCACCUGUCAACUUUGGUGAGAUGUGUUUGCCUAACUUUGGCGUGGAGACAAGAUCAAAUGUUGAAUUUAUGAUAUGGGUUAUUGGUUAGUUGUAAUAAACGGGGUUGACUUUUUCCUUAUGGGAUCAACACAACAAACAGGAACCCGAGAGAAUCCAUGGAAGAAAGUAACUUAAAUUCAAAUUUGAAAUGUAAAUCCUAAUAUGCAAGAACCCAAUAACUGAACCGAUUGGGAUUUCUCAGAGAUUCAAGAAUAAUAUGAAAUUGAAAUCUAGCAACAAAUUAAAC